AUGGUCAAAGAAACCAAACUUUACGAUAUGCUGGGGGUUCAGCCCACAGCAAACGAAACGGAACUAAAAAAGGGCUACCGUAAGGCGGCAUUGAAAUAUCAUCCAGAUAAGCCCUCAGGUAAUGCUGAGAAGUUUAAAGAGAUAUCCGAAGCUUUUGAAAUACUAAAUGACGCCCAAAAGCGUGAGAUUUAUGACACUUACGGGUUAGAGGCCGCAAGAAAUGGUGGCCCAGCUUUUGGAGGUGCUGGACCAGGUGGUGCCGGUGGUCAUCCGGGAGCUGGAUUUGGGGGUGCUCAUGCAUUCUCAAACGAAGAUGCAUUCAACAUUUUUUCACAAUUUUUCGGUGGUGGUGCCUCCUCAGGAGGGGCCUCUCCCUUUGGUGGAUUUGGAGGUGGCGAAGAUGCCUUUGGUGGGGGAUUCUCAAGCGGAUUUCCUGGUGGGAGUCACGGUGGAUUUUCAGCAGGCGGGUUCCCUGGCGGAACAAGUUUCCGCUCCUCUGGAGGAGGUAUGCCAGGUGGUUUUCAAUCGGGCGCGUCGUCCCCACCACCUGAGGAGAAAACUGUUCAGGUCAACCUGCCGGUCAACUUGGAGGACUUGUUUCAAGGCAAAAAGAAAUCUUUCAAAAUUACUCGGAAGGGCCCCGGUGGUACAUCAGAAAAACAACAGGUUGACAUUCAAUUGAGGCCGGGAUGGAAGGCUGGAACCAAAAUCACUUACAAAAACGAAGGUGAUUACAAUCCUCAGACCGGCAGAAGACAAACCAUGCAAUUCAUUCUCCAAGAAAAGCCCCACGAACAUUACACCAGAGAUGGCAACGAUUUGAUAUAUUCUCUGCCAUUGUCAUUCAAGGAAUCACUUUUAGGCUUCAACAAGACCAUUCAAACCAUCGAUGGUAGAACGCUACCAAUCUCUAGAAUACAACCAGUCCAGCCGUCGGAUGUUUCGACGUACCCGGGCCAAGGUAUGCCUAUUGCAAAAACGCCAACUCAACGCGGUGACUUGAUAGUGAAAUAUAAGAUCGACUAUCCAGUGACACUGAGCACAUCUCAAAGAAGCGCAAUCAUGGAAAAUUUCUGA